AUGGCCGCCUUCACUCUCAUCUUCACCCCCACCACCGCCGUCUACGGACGCUCCGGCUACAACAAGGACGGCGACGACGAGGAGAAGGACAGUGGCCGUUCCGGCUACAACAAGGACGGCAACGACGACGAUGAGACCCAGAACAAGGGACGCUCCGGCUACAACAAGGAUGAGUGGCUCGCUUUCUUCACAGCGGCCCUCGGAAGAGCAAACGGCGCCUUGACUAGCUAGCCGCAUCGCAACAUGCGCGCCUCCCAUUCAACCAGCAUUAGACCGGAGUUUUAUCGCAACGUGUCGCCACCGCGCAACCCCCCCCCCCCCCCCCCCCCCC